GGGGGUCGGUAGGGCGGCCUGUCAGGGGCAUGGAGUUGGCUGGGUGUAGGAGCAUUUCCGAGUUAUAGCUUUGUAGCCGCUCACACCAGUGAGGAAUUUUGGUGUAAAACCUGAGUAUACGUGCAAAAUCCCACAGAAGGUAGAUGCCAGUUUGCAAUGGGUCUUAAAACCUUCUGGAACGACUACAAAGUUCUGAUUGUUAUGGGAACUGGCCUGGGGCUAGUGCACUGGGGCUGGUAUUACUUGAAGUCCAGUUCUAUUUUCCAAGUGAAGACAGAGGAUUUUGUUCCAGAACCUGGGAUUAUGACAUUCACGAUGCAAAGCGAUCGCAAAAAUAAAGAAAAAUAG